AUAAGCUUUAAGAGAACUGAAAUCAGGUCCAAAAGGUGGAAAAAACUGCCUUUAAUCUGGCAACCUUCAUAACUCAGGCUGAACCUCAGACAAAAGUUGAGGGAGCAUUGGGAAACAGAUGAGAGCAGACUGAAGCCACAUCGGACACAAAAGGACUUGUUGGACAAACACCACAAUGCUGGCACCAUGGUCUAUCAAGCUUCACCUGCCAGUAUUAGCAUGCAUAUGGAGCUUGUGCCAAGCACAGUACGAGCAUCUGAUUUAUCCCCAAGGUUACCCUGAGGCUGAGCAGGAUCACUACACCCUUCCACAGAUUCCCGCUGAUGUGCCAAGGAUCCAGUUACGCUUAGCCGGAGAGAAACGAAAGCACAACGAGGGACGUGUAGAGGUUUAUUAUGAGGGCCAGUGGGGGACCGUUUGCGAUGACGAUUUCAACCACCAUGCCGCUCAAGUGGUGUGCAGAGAGCUUGGCUACUCUAAGGCCAUGUCCUGGGUGCCUUCAGCCAAAUAUGGGAAAGGAGAAGGCCGCAUCUGGUUUGAUAACGUACACUGCACAGGGAAGGAGAGCACCCUGGCACAGUGUGAGUCCAACGGCAUUGGCGUGUCUGACUGCAAACACUCGGAAGAUGUCGGAGUCGUCUGCAGUGACAAGAGGAUCCCAGGAUUCAGGUUCCUCAAUCCAGUCAACAACAACAUCGAUCAUUUGACCAUCCAAGUGGAGGAUGUACGCAUCAAACCAAUUCUGUCCUCCUACAGGAAGCGAAUCCCUGUAACUGAGGGCUAUGUGGAGGUCAAGGAUGGCGGCAAAUGGAAGCAGAUCUGCAACCAGGAGUGGAGCCCCAUGAACAGCAGGGUAAUCUGUGGCAUGUUCGGCUUCCCUGCGGAGAAGAAUUACAACGAACGUGUCUACAAGAUGUUUGCGCGUAGAAAGAUGCCCUCAUACUGGGAUUACUCGGUGAACUGCACAGGAAACGAAGCCCACCUCUCGAGCUGCAACCUGGGACAUUCGUUGAUGGCCAACAGCACGUGUGAAAAAGGUUUUCCCGUGGUAGUGAGCUGCGUGCCAGGCAGAGCCUUUGCUCCAACCCCCUUACAUGGCUACAGGAAAGCCUUCAGACAUGAGCUGCCGUUAGUUCGCCUAAAAGGAGGCGCGGUGGUCGGUGAAGGUCGGGUGGAGGUGCUGAAAAAUGGAGAGUGGGGCACCAUUUGUGAUGAUCGCUGGAACCUGCUGGCUGCCACCGUGGUGUGUCGAGAGCUCGGCUUUGGAACCGCCAAGGAAGCACUGUCUGGAGGUCAACUGGGUCAAGGAAUGGGCCCGGUCCACAUGAACGAGGUACAGUGCACUGGUUUUGAGAAAUCUGUCACUGAAUGUGUCUUUAACAUGGAAAAAGACAUGGAGGGAUGCAGCCAUGAGGAGGAUGCUGGAGUCCGCUGCAAUGUCCCAGCUAUGGGCUUCCAGCAGCGUCUACGUCUGAGUGGGGGCCGUAACCCGUUCGAGGGCCGCGUCGAAGUGCUGAUUGAGCGAAAUGGCUCUCUGGUAUGGGGCACAGUGUGUGGAGAUGGCUGGAGCACUAUGGAAGCCAUGGUAGUGUGCAGGCAACUCGGCCUCGGCUACGCCAGCCACGCCUUCCAGGAGACGUGGUACUGGCCCGGGUUGGUGAAUGCUGACGGUGUAGUGAUGAGCGGUGUGCGCUGUGCCGGUACUGAGAUGUCUCUGUCUCACUGUCUACAUCAUGGAGAGCACGUGAACUGCCCCAGAGGAGGAGCACGCUAUGCUGCCGGAGUUACCUGCGCUGAGACUGCGCCGGACCUCGUGCUGAACCCUCAGGUGGUGGAGCAGACCACGUACAUAGAGGACCGGCCCAUGUUCAUGCUGCAGUGUGCGUAUGAGGAGAACUGCCUGGCCUCCACAUCCAGCUUGACUCCGGCCAACUCAUACAGACGCCUGCUGCGGUUCUCCUCCCAGAUCCACAACAACGGCCAGUCCGACUUCAAACCCAAAGCCAGCAGAGAAACAUGGGUCUGGCAUGACUGUCACAGACAUUACCACAGCAUGGAGGUCUUCACUUAUUAUGAUCUGCUCAGCUUAAACGGCUCCAAAGUUGCAGAGGGACACAAAGCCAGCUUCUGUCUUGAAGACUCGGAGUGUGAUGAAGGCAUUGAAAAGAAAUACGAAUGUGCCAACUUUGGUGAGCAGGGCAUAACGGUGGGCUGCUGGGACACCUACAGACAUGAUAUCGACUGCCAGUGGGUGGACAUCACUGACGUCAAGCCUGGGGAUUACAUGUUCCAGAUCGUCAUUAACCCCAACUACGAGGUGGCCGAGUCUGAUUACACCAACAACAUUGUAAAAUGCAGGACUCGUUAUGACGGCCACCGCAUAUGGAUGUACAACUGUCAUAUAGGUGGAUCAGUGAGUGGUGAAACAGAGGAGCUGUUUCCUGGCCUUUUGAACAACCAGGUGACCCACAGGUAAAAACCAGACUGUUGGAAAAGAGACAACGGAGACACUGAGAGCUUGGACCACUAUGUUUUUCUCUCUGAACACUCGGUGCUAAAUGCAUAGACCAAAACAUUGCCACUCUGUUGAGAUGGAAAAGAAAAACAAAAAAACAAAAAAAACAAACAAAAAACCUCCACCCCCCACCAAAAAAAAAAAAAAAAAAAAAAAAAAAAAUAUUUGAGGAAGCACACUAAAUACUACUGGGCAUAUAAUGAUAAUUAUGACAUCAUAUUAAUGGUGAACCUUUUAUCAGGGUACACAAUCUUGUCAGCAUAUUCUCUGUCUUUAUGUUUGGCCUCGGCUGCUAUGCUUAUGCUCAGGACAGCUGAGUGCUAAGAACCUUGAUUAUUGGAAAAAGGAUCAUGGGCACUUGUUUGGAAAAAGUUUUACUUAUCCAACUUCAGAGCAGAAAAUAAUUCAAAUUGGCAAAAUGUAAAACAAUUAAUAAAAGCUCUAAUACUAAUACAGACAUCUUGAUAUUUAAUGCUUGUACAUCUUCUAAAUGAAAAGAAAUUCAUUGUAUUAUGCCAAAGCAACUUUAGCUUCUAACUUAUGCUAGUUCUGUGGUGGUGUGCUAGCUUUAGUUAACAUUUGCUAGCAGUUGCUACUGAGGACACAACAUAGUAGUAACAACAGCAUUAACAGCUAGCUAGUUUUGAACUGUUAAAUGCAAUGAUGUAUAAGGAGUAGUAGAUUUACAAAAGAAUUCACUUCAACUACUGUCUGACAAAGGGGUAAGUAAAACUCCCUAGAAAAAAAAAUUGGAUAUAUAGUCUAACAUUUUCCCCUUUACAUUUACCUUUCUUUUGCCAAUAACUAAUAUAUGAUAAUGACCACAAAUGACUCUGUAAUUUUUAGACAUUGAAAUGCCUCAAAAGAUUGAAUAAGAACUUAUUUUUUUUCCCCCAUUCCAUUGAAGGUCUGGUGCUGGUUUUAUUUAAGGGCAAAGCAUUGCAAUUUUAUUCCACUCUUAGCUUCAGUUAGUAACUUAUUUUAAGUCAGGGAUUAGCUAAUAACUGUAUCCAACUCAUUCAUUUUAUUUGGUGCAUAUAUUUUGGUUAUAUAUAUAUUUUUUGUUUGUUUGUUUGUUUUUUUACGGAUCUAGUGGUGCUAUCAAAGAUCUACCCUCUGUUUUUAGAGGUUAUGUGUUGUUGUGAUUUAUAUUAUGCUUACUUGAAUGGAGCGUAUUUCUGUUUUGUUUUGUAUUGUUUUAUUUCUUUCUUUCUUUUAUUUUUUUUUUUAUUUUUAUUUUUUUAUAAGAAAGUCCCAUACUGUGCAUUUGUAUUAUUGUUUAGCGUUAAAUAAAUGUAAGCAUUUAGGAAAAA